CCGGCUCCGCGGUUCCCGAGGUGACGGCCGGGCCCCGCCGCCGCCGCCGGGCUGCCCUUGCCGUGAGGGAGCCGUGACCCUCAUGAAGGGGCCCUCAUGGCUCUUUGGUGGCUCUGCCGGGGCCCUGCGGUCCGCGGGACGCUCGAGGGGAAGGGUCCCACUUUUCUAUGUGCCUUUCUGAACUGCCCUGCCAUGGAGAUGUCUCACGACCACCACAGGAACAGCUCCAUGUUGCCAACCACUCAUCCUCCUGAGCAUCUCCACUCCACAGCCCUCCCGGGGCACGACCAUGGAUCUGACAUGAUGGCAAUGGCCAUGACUUUCCACUUCAGCUAUGAGAAUGUGCCAUUGCUGUUCUCUGGACUUACAAUCAAUUCUCCUGGAGAGAUGGCUGGUGCUUUUGUGGCUGUCUUCUUCCUGGCCAUGUUUUAUGAAGGCCUUAAGAUUGCCCGGGAAUGUCUGCUCCGGAAAUCCCAAGUGAGCAUCCGCUACAACUCCAUGCCAGUGCCAGGCCCCAACGGCACCAUCCUGAUGGAGACACACAAAACUGUUGGACAGCAGAUGCUGAGCUUCCCCCACCUCCUGCAGACUGUGCUGCACAUCAUCCAGGUGGUGGUCAGCUACUUCCUCAUGCUGAUCUUCAUGACCUACAACGGGUACCUCUGCAUUGCCGUGGCAGCGGGAGCUGGCACCGGGUACUUCUUCUUCAGCUGGAAAAAGGCAGUUGUGGUGGAUAUCACAGAGCACUGCCAUUAACACUGGGUGCUGCCCAGAGGCCUCUCCACCCCCCUGCUCCCUGGAAGUGCAGCCAUCCCAAGGACUGGAUCAUUCCUGAGCUGCAAGAGAAUCACGAUAAAGAAAAACCCACCGCAGGUUCCUGGCUGGGGUGCAGGGAUGUGAGGAGCUGGGCUGUGCUGCUCCCCCUGACUCCCCAGAGUCCCUGGCAGCCCUUCUUGGCCAGGAUUUGCUUUAUUCUUAGAUUAUGCUGUGAUUGAGAUUAGUUGGCUGACAGAAAUGUAGAAAUUAUUCUUUUAAAAAAGAAAACAAAACCAUUUUAUUUUUAAAUUGUAAACGCUCAUCAGUGAAGGUUUGAUGAACAGCAGGAAAAGCUCAAAGUUGCCCAUAGAGCCCUCUGUGUGUGAAUGGCUGUUUUAAUUUGGUUUUUUUUCAAUGUGUACAUAAUGCCAGGGGAGGGAUCACCCUGGCAUUGUGGCUUUUGGGGCCAAUGACACCUUCUGCUGCAGAAGGACUCAGCCUCUGAGGAAGAUUUGGUGCUGCACAUCAGACACUCAGGUGUGUCCUGGCAAGGGAGGACUUUGACCCGAGGAUGUGACCCGUGUGCUCCAGGGAGUGGAUGAACCUGCCCUCCAGGCCCACCAGAGGAUGAGUGUUGUCAGUCUGAUUUAUCCAGCAGCUUUACUCAGCCUCCAGGGAGAACACUGGAGUUUGGCUGCCUUCCCUUCCCAAUCAUGGAAACACACGGAGCAGACACAGGACAAGUUGUGUAUUUACAGGGCAAAAAAUUCUAAAUAAACCGUUGAACCUACAGGUACUUCAUGUGGAACUGCACCAGGAUGGAUCCAGAGCUAGACUUUGGGGUUACUAAAACUAGUUCUGUAAAUGAGGCCAGAGCUGAAUAAUGAUUUCAUUACACUAAAGUUAAAAUGGCUGGAGAGGGAAUUCCUGGAUGGAGCUGAAGGCGUUAAACAACCAUGUUCCUGUAAAGGAGAGAUUUGGGGAAGAGGAGAGGGGAAACACAGGACUACAGCAGCCUUCUCAGGUGAAAUUUGGAGCAGCUUGGGCUGGUUAAAAAGUAUUCCUGAGCCAGAUGACUCCUCUUUGUCCCAACAAUCCCACUGUGCCCAUGCUGGGGCUGCAGAGCUCUUGCUGAGUGCUGUGAGCUCUGCACAUCUCACAGAGCUCUGAGAGGGACAGAACCAGCCCAGGGCAGGUUUUGGGGAUCCUGGGGAGCAGCUGUGGUUCAGCACUUGGAUAUUAAGCUGUUGGUUGGUGUAGGGAAUGUGGUGCAAAGCUGGAGUCUUCACUCUCCACAGGAUGCCCAGUUUGUGCCUGUAACUGGCUGAAAGGGAAGACAUUUGGAAUUUGAGAAGGGCACUGAGAACAGGCACCACUUUCAGAGCAGGACUGGUGUCUGGGAUGUGCCAUGAGAACAGGGAAUCCCUCUGGGAUGACACAGGAGCAUUUUUUCCUCUGGAAAUGCUGCUGGUGACUGUUGGCAGCAGCUGUGAGGAAGGGGAUCCUUGGAAUGGCUUUUUAGGCCAGCAGCAUUUCAGGGCAAGGCCAUCCCUGCUCCUGGGGGCCCCAUGGUGCUGGUGCUGCUCCCUGAGCACAGAGCCCACCCUCUCCACCUUUUGGGAAGGAAAUCCAUUACUGCUGCUGCCAGCACUGGAAUUGCACCUCCUAAACUCAGCCCUCCUGGGUUGAUGUCAGAUGUUUAUUUGGACAUCCUGUUUUCUCUGGACAGUGCAAAUAGAGACUAAAAGGAGCUGAGUUAAAAGCAGGUUUAGGUUCCUGGUUUCUGGGUGAAAGAGGCAAAGUUAUUUUCAUGGAAAAAUUCUGGCCACCUCCUGGUGAGAGACAGGAAAAACGCUUCCCCAGUCUGGUCUUUGAAGGGAGUUAUAUCUCUGACAGGCUGCAAACCCACUGGUGCCCUCUGCUCCUGUCACAGGGAAGCCUCUGCUGUGCCCUCCAAGCAAUCGUGGCUCUCCAUGGGACUGGAAAACUGCCCCUUCCCAUCCCUGGGAGAGCUGAGAGCAACGUUAGUGUUUGGCAGAGAAAACUGCCAAUCCCUUCCCAGCCCUGGGAGAGCUCAGAGGAAAUCCUGGUGUUUGUCAGGGAAAACUGGAGCUGCUAAAUGCUUGAGAUGUGGGUGAUGAUGUGGAAGGUUUGCACUGUGGGGCUCGACCCCUGAAGGAGCUCAGAGCCAAUGAUUCCAGCACUGUUCCCAUCGGUUUGUCUGGAAGGAGCUGGAGUUGGUGCCAUUACAGGAUGGCUGAGCACAGGGAAUAGUCAGGAUUGGCUUUGUGUGGUGACAGUAAUUACUUCAUAUACCUCUUGCUGUGUCUUUCUUUGAACCACAACCUGCUUGGCCUGACCCUGCUGUCACCUUUCACCACCUUUCCGUGUAUCCAAGUGACCAGACUUGAAUUCUCUGAUUGAUCAGAGGUGGAUGACUUGGAGAUCAGGCUGUGGCUCUUACAGUGUAAAUCUGGUUCUUGUUUGCUUCUCUGCCUCGUUCUACAUGUAGCACCUGUGCCCUUGGAAUUGUUUCCCCCUGGAUGAGAACCUCUGCCUUCAAGGGCUCCUCUCCUGCCCCUGCUCACAGCAGAGAGGACACAGCUUUGCCUGCUCUGACAUUACCCCCAAACAUGCUACAUGUGUGUUGACACAGGAAUUGCAUGUCCUCAGUCUCCUAACCAUGACAGCCCUCACCUCCCUGUUACCAGGACACCUUUAAAUUCAGGCAGCACAGAGGCUGAAUUUAAAUUUUUAGCUUGGGAGCCUGCCAGGGCAAAGCCAUCCCUGCUCCUGGGGGCUCCAUGGGGCUGCUGCUGCUGCCUGAGCACAGAGCCCACCCUCAGCACCCUCUUGGGAAGGAAAUCCAUUACUGCUGCUGCCAGCACUGGAAUUGCACCUCCUAAAGGCAGCCCUCCUGGGUUGAUGCCAGCUGUUCAUUUGGACAUCCUGUUUUCUCUGGGCAGUGCAAAAAGAGACUAAAAGGAGCUGAGUUAACAGCUCUAUGUGCCUAAAAAGCUAAAAAAAAAAAAAAUCUCCUUUUUUCCAGUAUGACAGGGAAGUGCCACUGACCUCAGUGACAGGAGUCUCCCAGGUGGCUGGCAGGUGCUCCAGCUGCCUCCCACAGCCUGUCUGGAGCACUGGGAGCCCCGGGAUGCCCAGGGAAGGUGUGGAGGGAAGUGGCUGUGUCCUCCCUGCUCCUGGGCUCACUGCCCAAGGCACAGCUGGGGAAGGGACGUGCCCUGUCCGUGUGUCCUUGCCUGCUGGGGCUGUGCUUUCCUUAGCUCAGUGUGACAGUCCAGAGGAGCCACCUCCCUGUGUCCCAACCUCCCCCUUCCCACCAGAUCCCACUGGCUGUGUGUUGCCAGCCCUGUGCUUUGGCAGAGCCUGAGCAAAGCCUGACCUCCCUGUGGGUGGGAUCUGCUCUGGAGCAGCCCCAGCCCCUCUGCUGCCCAAAUUUAAGGUUGUCCUGUAACGCAGGGAGCUGAGGGCUCUACUGGCUGUAAGACCUGAGGACAGUAAAUUCCUGUUGACACACAUGUAUCAUCUUGGGCUGUGAUGUCCCGUGCCUGUUGUGUCCCUGAUGUUUGGUCUCCACACGCUGUGCCUCUGGAUUAUCAUCCUGCAGGGAGCACAGAAUAUCCAGCUGUGUCCCUCAGCUGGCUUUUGUUGUUUUCCUUUCAGUGCCUUUUGAGUUUGUCUGGAGCCAGUCCCACCAAACCCAGCAGGAUUUCUAGUUUUGUUUACAGUGGACUGUCAUUUUUGGUUUUGCUCUUGCUCUUUGUGGAGGUAACUCGUCUGAUGUUACUGUGAAUAUCAAGAAUUCCCUGUAUAUAAUUAACCAAUAAACUAGAUUGCAUUUUA